AGAGCUCUUGUGCCCUGUCACCGUGUGCAUCCUCCUGAAGCAGCAGAGAGGGUGCCAUGGCUUUUGCCAGCUAUGCUGCCGUGCUCAGAUCACUGCUUCUGGUGCUGGUUCUAACACUGACCGUAAGGAGCUCACCCCAUGGGAAGGCAGUUUAUCCUCGACCCAGGAAGGACGGUGGCUCUGUGAGGCUUAGUGAAGACUGCUUGAACAAAAAGGAUCUCAAAUUCCCUAUGACAGUGAAAGUUGACAUUCGGAUCAGUAAUUCAGAACAUGCCUUUACGAUGGUUCAUGAUGUCAGGAACCGGUCUCUGGCUCCUUGGGAUUACAGGCUUGAUGAGGACCCCAACCGCUUCCCCCCGGUGAUUGCUGAUGCCGAGUGCCGUCUCUCCGGCUGUGUGAACCCACUGGGACAGGAGGACCACAGCCUCAACUCUGUCCCUAUCCAACAGGAGAUCCUUGUCCUCCGGCGGGAGCAGAGGGGCUGCCAGCCCACCUACCGCCUGGAAAAGAAAGUCAUCACUGUGGGCUGCACGUGUGUCACUCCAGUUGUCCUCCACCAGUCCUAGGAGGAUUAGUAGGAGAGACAACAUCAGGAAGAAGAA